CGAGCCAUGGCCUUCCUCUGGAUCUUGUCCUGCCUUGCCUUUGUUGGCGCCGCCUACGGUUGCGGCACUCCCGCCAUUCCUCCUGUCGUCACUGGGUACUCUCGUAUCGUCAACGGCGAGGAGGCUGUGCCUCACUCCUGGCCUUGGCAGGUGUCUCUGCAGGAUUACACUGGCUUCCACUUCUGCGGCGGCUCCCUCAUCAACGAGAACUGGGUUGUGACGGCUGCUCACUGCAACGUCAGGACGUCUCACCGAGUGAUCCUUGGAGAGCACGACCGCUCUUCCAAUGCUGAGGACAUCCAGGUGAUGAAAGUUGGCAAGGUGUUCAAACACCCCCGCUACAACGGCUACACCAUCAACAACGACAUCCUGCUCAUCAAGCUGGCGACUCCCGCCACCAUCAACAUGCGCGUGUCCCCUGUGUGUGUGGCCGAGACCGGAGACGACUUCCCUGGAGGCAUGAAGUGUGUGACCUCUGGCUGGGGUCUGACCAGACACAACGCCCCCGACACGCCGGCCCUUCUGCAGCAGGCCUCCCUCCCUCUGCUGACCAAUGAGCAGUGCCGUCGUUACUGGGGCAGCAAGAUCUCCAACCUGAUGAUCUGUGCUGGUGCUUCUGGAGCUUCUUCCUGCAUGGGUGACUCCGGUGGCCCUCUGGUCUGCCAGAAGGCUGGAGCCUGGACCCUGGUGGGUAUUGUGUCUUGGGGCAGUGGAACCUGCACUCCCACGAUGCCCGGCGUGUACGCUCGUGUCACCGAACUGCGUUCUUGGAUGGAUCAGACUAUUGCUGCCAACUAA